ACUUGAUGGACAUCUUAGGCUUCCCGCCAUUAUUUUUUGUUUAUUUUAUGAACACUUGUUUGGUUGUUGAUGGUUCAAGAUUUUUGUGAAAUGUCAUGAGCGAUCCCUAUAAUUUAUUUUUUUAUUGCACAGUAUGUCAUGUGUGCAAGUCGGCUGAAAAUGUUAAGACAUGCGGGGGAUGUAAAAUUAUAUCGUAUUGUAGUGUAUCACAUCAGAAACAACAUUGGUCCAUACACAAGAAAUUUUGUAAGUGUAUUCAGAAUCUUGCUACAAAAAAACAUUUAUCAUUCUUCGAGAUGGUGAAGAAAAGUGACGAAACUGUGGAAUGGCUGUGGAAUGAUUUUGGUUGUAUGGUCAUCAUGGAGACAUUUCUGGCGCGUAAGCUGUUGCCAUUUGAAAUUCAAAUGUUUAUGUUCCCAAAAGUGUGCGAAUUUUGUAGAGAGCUGUGCCAAAAUGAGAUGUACACUUGCAGUGAUUGCUUGUGUGUAUCUUAUUGCUCUAUUUUUCAUAAAGAAACGCUGUUCUCGUGCCACAAAGAAGUAUGCAAUUCCUUAAAACUGUGUUUUCAGUUGGAUAAAAUGAUUUUACGCAGCAGUGAUUUGUUUGGUGACUAUUCCGUUCCCUUCCAGGAAUCGUUGAUAUCGCUACCGCAAGACAUGUGUGCAUUCAUUAAACAUAAUUUUAGUUCAGGACCAGAUCCAUCCUCACAACAGGUGGCUUUAGCAUCAGAGUCGCUCACGUGCCCGUUAAGUUUGCUUUACUGCCUAGAAAAUAGAUUUAGUAAGAAUAAAUUAAUCCUUCAUGUGGUUGGUGCUAGUGUUUUUGAACUGACAUUCGUACAUGCUUGGGAAUCAGUGUUACAUUGGAUACCUUGCAUAUCAUCCUUAUGUAUUGUUUUUAUUGGUCCUGAAGUUGCAGAAUCCAUGAAAUGUAAGUGUGUAAGUAAUGUCUUAUGCCAAAAAUGUACAGAAAAGGGGGGAGUAAUGAUUACUAAGUUCUAUCGUAGUUUUUACCAUGAGUAUGUCAACUCUAAGUUUUUUGAAAUGCCAGAUGUUGUGUUAGUCUUCAAUUGUGGAUUGCAUGAAAAUGAAGGUACUGGGCAUGAUACGUGGAAAGAGUCAGUGCCGUAUCUAGUGGGCUAUGAGGAUGUGUACUUAUUGAUUAGUUCGUACACUGAAGUAGAGGCUGAAAAAGACCUUGAUAGGUUAAACCAUAGUAAAGCCAAGGCCACACAUUUGAAAGUAUGUGUGAAAAAUCCUUUUGCAAGUCUGAGGCCAAUGCGCACGUGGUUACAUAAUCAGCUUGGUGUGUAUUAUCAUAAUAAUUAUUUAUCUUUCAUAGGGUUGGGAAGAAAACCUUUUAAUAGUUAAUAAUAUAAACAAAGUAAAUAGCUGUGUAGGCUAUUAUUUUUCUUGAGUAAUUUUUCAUAAGAAUAUCCCAGCUUAAAAAAAAAAAAAAAAAAAAAAAAAAAAAAACAUGUCUGUAACAAAUCAAUAUUUAUGGUCUGCAGACCAAAUUGUAAUGAAAUGGCAAGCAGGACCUAACACAUAGUAGAUACUACUUCUUUUAAUGCUUAUAACAGGUAUUAUAAUUAGUUAUAAUUGUGUUUAGGCUGAAAACUUUUGUGUGUUUAACUGUCUUGCAAAUUUGAGAGGGUAAAGUGCAUCUAAUUUUGACAGCUGGUUUCAAUGUACACGUUUAAUAGCAACUGUCCAUACAGGCAAAUCAAUUCAGAGGACGGUGAAAAUCACCAAGUAAUUUUAAACGACGUGCUUCAGCUUGAACCACAGGGCUUUGUUUGGUGUAAACCUAGGAAAUUGUUUAUAAAUAUCUUACUUCGCGGCUUUUCCGCAAAGUUAAAAUAAAAUUACAAAAAUACCAUUUUCAACACU